AUGGUAAAGUCAGCGAAGAAAACUUCUACCAAGGAAGCAGUAAUCAGAAAAUCCACUGAAGAAGAAUCUAUACAGGAGAAAGAAACGUUACAGAUGGAAUCAUCCUCUAGUAGUUCAGACGAGGAAAAUGAAAAAGAUGAAGACGAAAUUGAAGGUUUAGCUGCCUCUGAUGACGAACAGGACGGUACCCAUAAGAUCAAAAAGUUGAAUCCUAAGAAGCAAGUUGAUGAAAAAAAGUCAAAAGACAAAAAGAAACUCGAUGGGUACUCCGGCAUUAUUUAUGUGAGUAGACUACCACAUGGUUUCCAUGAAAAGGAACUGAGUAAAUAUUUUGCCCAAUUCGGGGACUUGAGGGAAGUGAGAUUAGCACGUAAUAAGAAAACGGGUAAUUCAAGACAUUAUGGCUUUUUAGAAUUCGUCAACAAAGAAGAUGCAUUGGUUGCCCAAGAAUCUAUGAACAAUUACUUAUUGAUGGGCCAUCUAUUGCAAGUGCGCUUAUUACCAAAAGGGGCCAAAAUUGAGAAAUUAUACAAAUACAAGAAGAGAGUUCUAGUAGAGAAAAGUGUUACUAAGCCAGUAAAACAAUUAAAGGAAAACAUGAAGCAAAAGCACGAGGAAAGGAUAAAUAAACUAGUUGAGUCGGGCAUUGAAUUCAAAUGGUGA